AUGGACACCAGUAUGGGGGAAGCCGAGACGCAUGUGUCGAUACCGGCGUCGAAUAUCGUGGAUCAUGCACGAACAAAAGCGGAAAAAUUACCGACGACAGUCGAGAAGCCUACUCCGUACACGUACGAGCUAGGCUACCUGACAGCGAUCGACCCUAAUCCUCUGCCUGCGACGUCGCAACUCCUCUCUCAGUCGCUGUCCGAGCGGAACGAGUCGCUACGACAGAUCGCCCGCGACGGCGCCCAAUCGCUCCUGAACACGCUACUCACAACCUGUCCGAUCCAGUCGACACCGGAAGGGCUCAUAAUGACCCUGCCGGCGCCGCAGCACUACCUGCCUCGAUGGAAGCCCCUCCCCAAGCCGAAACCGCCCACCAAGUGGGAACUGUUCGCGCGCAAAAAGGGCAUCGGCAAGUACGGGGGCAGCCUGAAAGGCGGGGCCGCGCAGGAGGAGAGGCGCAAGAAUUUGGUGUAUGACGAAGAGAGCGGCGAGUGGGUCAAGAAAUGGGGUUACAAGGGACGGAACAAGAAGGACGAAUCAGACUGGCUUGUCGAGUUGGAUGACGAGGCCGUGAAAAAGGAGAAAACUGGCGCUGACGGCGGCGACGGUAGGACUAUCAGAGGCGAAGGGAGGAGGGAGAGGAUGGAGAGGAUCAAGAGGCAGGACAGGCGCCAGAGGAACAAUGAGCGGAGAAGUCGAAAGGGCGGGAAGAUGGGGUGA